AAUUGACUAGUUUUUGGCUCCUCUCGGCCUCCGUAGUUUGAGUGGCAGGUCGUUUGUUUUGGCUGGUGAAAGGGAUCUAGUGUCAGGUUGAAAGCCUGCUUUAAGCUGUGGCAUCAUGUCUGACAAAAGUGAGCUGAAAGCCGAGCUUGAAAGGAAGAAGCAACGCUUGGCGCAAAUCAGAGAGGAGAAGAGAAGGAAGGAAGAGGAGCGCAAGAAGGCGGACCAACAGAAAGAAGUUCCUGUAAACCAGGAUGACUCUGACCUGGACAAGAAAAGACGUGAAGCAGAGGCUCUUCUGCAGAGUGUGGGCAUAACCACAGAUGUCGCUGCUGCCCCUCCUCCCACGUCUCCCACUGCCAAAUCGGCGGGUACGCCAAGUGAGGCCGGGAGCCAGGACUCUGAUGGAGCCGUGGGACCCAGGACUCUGCACUGGGACUCUGACCCGUCCACUCUUCAACUUCACUCUGAUUCUGAGCUGGGGCGCGCGACACCAAAGCUGGGAAUGGCCAAGCUCACGCAAGUGGACUUCCCACCACGCGAAUGUGUGUCCUACUCUAAAGAGACCCAGACACCUGCCAUGACCCUGAUGAAAGAAGCAGAGGAAGAAGAAGAGGAAGAAAUUGCCGCCCCUGAACCGGUGGCCGAGACUCAGACUGAGAGCGUGGACCAAAACCAGGAGGAGGAAGCGCCCCCACACGAGCUGACCGAGGAGGAAAAACUCCAGAUCCUGCACUCGGAGGAGUUUGUGAAUUUCUUCGACCACAGCACCCGCAUCAUUGAGCGCGCUCUGUCUGAGCACGUGGACCUCUUCUUUGACUACAGCGGCCGUGACCUGGAGGAGAAGGAGGGUGAAAUUCAGGCUGGAGCGAAGCUCUCGCUGAACAGGCAAUUCAUGGAUGAGCGCUGGUCCAAACAUCGCGUUGUCACCUGCCUGGACUGGUCUCUCCAGUAUCCUGAACUCCUGGUUGCCUCAUACAACAACAACGAGGAGGCUCCCCACGAGCCAGACGGCGUGGCUCUAGUGUGGAACAUGAAGUACAAGAAGUCGACACCGGAGUACAUCUUCCACUGUCAGUCUGCUGUCUUGUCGGCGUCGUUUGCCAAGUUCCACCCCAACGUUGUGGUGGGGGGCACGUAUUCAGGGCAGAUCGUGCUGUGGGACAACAGGAGCAACAAGAGGACCCCCGUGCAGAGGACUCCCCUGUCAGCGGCGGCACAUACGCACCCAGUCUACUGUGUGAAUGUCGUCGGCACCCAGAACGCCCACAACCUGAUUAGCAUCUCCACUGAUGGCAAGAUCUGCUCCUGGAGCCUGGACAUGCUCUCUCAGCCACAGGACAGCAUGGAGCUGGUGUUCAAGCAGUCCAAAGCCGUGGCUGUCACCUCCAUGUCCUUCCCCCUCGGAGACGUCAACAACUUCGUGGUGGGCAGCGAGGACGGCUCGGUCUACAUGUCGUGUCGUCACGGAAGCAAAGCGGGCAUCAGCGAGAUGUUCGAGGGCCACCACGGCCCCAUCACGGGGAUCCACUGCCACACGGCUGCAGGGCCGCUGGACUUCUCCCACCUGUUCGUCACCUCCUCCUUCGACUGGACUGUCAAGCUGUGGAGCACCAAGAACAACAAGCCGCUGUACUCAUUUGAAGAUAACUCUGAUUACGUGUACGACGUCAUGUGGUCCCCGACUCACCCUGCUCUGUUUGCUUGUGUGGACGGAGUCGGUCAUCUCGACCUGUGGAACCUCAACAACGACACAGAGGUCCCCACCGCCAGCGUCACAGUAGACGGUUGCCCGGCCCUCAACAGGGUCAGGUGGGCUCAGUCUGGCAGGGAAAUCGCCGUGGGAGACUCUGAUGGACGGGUUCUCGUGUACGAAGUUGGAGAGCAAAUUUCGGUGCCGCGAAACGACGAGUGGACCCGUUUCGUCCGCACGCUGGCGGAGAUCAACGAGAACAGGGAUGACGCAGAGGAGCUGGCGGCUCAGCGUCUGGCCGCGUGAGCUCGUCGCUGCCGCGGACGCCAUGUUUAUAGGGACCAGUGGUGCGCUUGUUACUAUCAGCCCCAUUUAAGUAGAAGGUAAAGAUGUAAUGACAACAUGACAACGGAGGGGGAGAAAAAAAAAGCAGCAGAAAGGAGUAUGGACAUCUUUCAAUUUCCAACUUAUUUAGACAACUGCCUUCUCAGUUAGCUGGACCGUCACCAGUCUUCCUCAGAUUAACUCAGGCGACAAGGCUAUCAGACACUAACACGAAGCCAUACUCACAUCACGGUCAUCCUUUCUUCAACCAGAUGCCUUAAAAGUUUCAUUUUAAUCUUGAUUGUAAAAUCCUUACCUAUCCUUUAUUAACAGCAUGUUGACACAAGCCUUAAUUUAGAUAAUUUUUUUUUUAAAGCCUAACAGGUGCUUCAAAACCGAGUCCGAGUUCUGUUUCCACCAAAGUAAAUCAAUCACAUCUGCAAACACAGGAAUGUAAUCAUCUCAUAGCUUUAGCCCGUGUUGUCAUCUCUGUUCCUUUAGACUUGAUAACGGAAACAUUCACUUGUUUGUGGCACAGUGAAAUGUUCUUUCUACUUCGAUGUUGUUUUAUACUGCACUCGUUUCUGCUUUACCGGUGCAGCUGGAGUCGAGGAUGAUCAUGUAUGCUGUAACUGCUCAGCGAUUUCUGUCAUGUAUGUUGAUGGAACCUGAAUAGAGAUUUAUUUGUUUUCCUGCAAAGCGUGGCGUCAAAACCGAGACUGUACUUUUCACAGUAGAAACAAACAGUUUGAAUGAUUUAUUUCAAUAAAAUACAAUAAAUACCUUUAAAUUA